AUGAGUGGCAGCAACCGUUCUCUUCAUCCCGAGGAGCUUUUCCUCAAUGAUACUGAUCUAGAAUCGCCUGUCGUUGGUCCUAGUCCUCUACGCAUCAGCAAACAGGACUCGUCAUCUCCAGCAUCGGCCUCGGGUUCCAGCCCCAAGCCAAAUAAUGCCCCGCUGCCCUAUCCCGACGAACGUCAGCGUUCUCAAAUGCGCACUUCCAGUCCAAAUGAUCGACGCCCCGAUAUGAGAUAUGGCUCUCCCCCAGCUGGUUCUGGUUCUGUGAGUCCCAACGAAUACCCUUCAACUUUGCGCCCGCGGGACGGUCGUGAGCCCCGUGUCGCAACAUUGGCCGAGCGUAGAGGUGCUGCCCCUAGACCGCUACCCGAAUCGCCGAGUCAAGAUACACCAAUCCGUGAGGCUCUAGCUGCUAGGCCCUUCCCUCGUCCCCCAGCUGGGCCUAUCCCUGUGGAUGCAGCAAACAUAAAUCAAUAUGGCCAUCAACAAUACUACCCGCCCCCGCAGCGCCAAAGUUCUGUAUUUAUGGCACGUCCUCCAUCCAGUCUACAGCCCUCUCAUGGCGUGCUCAACCGCUUCAGCUCAACCGCUUCCACAUCCACGACUCGCGCCGAACGUGGUUCUCCCCCACCGCCCGAGACGCCUGUCGUCCCACCCGGCCAACAGUCUGGCUCUGAUAUCGAGGCCCGGUAUGCUGCAGCUGGCAUUGCGGGAACCGGAACCCUGCAGAGCAUCACGUCGCCAAAUGUUGCAGCGCAACGACGCGCAGAACAAUAUUCGGGUCAACACCCGACUUUCCAGCCACCUCAACCGCGUCCUUGGACUCCGACUGAACAACCUGGGUCUCAGCCUCACGGUCCUCCUACCGUUUACCAGGGUGGCGAGGUCGUGAGUGAAAAUGAUCGCCCUACUCCUCAACCUGGCCCUACUCCUCAACCUGGCCAGUAUAGUAGCCCACCGCCUCGGGCCCAUCCAGGCCAAUAUGGUUCACCACAGCCUCAGGCUCAUCCAGGUCAAUACAGCAGCCCACCGCCCCAAUCUCACCCAGGUCAAUACAGCAGCCCACCACCCCAAUCUCACCCAAGCCAAUACAGUGGAUCUCCAUCUCAACAGCUUCCUGCUUCCUUGCCACAACAGCAACCAGAGCAGUUAGGAAGAGUCCCACCCAACCCCUUGGAACAAGACAUGGACCGGAUGCGCCUCAGCUCCUCUCCUCCUCCUGCUUAUUCAAGUGUCCCCGGUACCUCUGCUUCAAGUCGAUAUCCCAAUGAAAAGCAAAAUGCUGCUGCUGCUGCUGCUGCUGCCACUGGGGCUGCUAUGAUGCAUCCAGCUCUGGCAAAUCACCCUGCUGUUGCAAACUCACCUUCGCCUGCACCGGUUGCCUCGGCUCAGGAUCAUCCUGCCUUUGCAAAUGAUCCAAGACAGCAGCAGCAGGAACAGUCUCCACACCCCCCUGUUGCCAGUGAUUUGUCCGGGUUCCACCAUCAGACAAUUCAGGCCACUUCUCCCGGUCCUUCCGGGGCAAGCCCAGCAUCCCCGCCACCUCUUCCUGAAGGGUGGAUUGCUCAUAUGGAUCCGAGCUCUGGGCAGUACUAUUACAUCCAUUUGCCCACGCAGUCGACUCAAUGGGAGUUCCCUAAGGGACCUACGCCGCUCAACCUCAACGAUACACCCAUGUCACCAGUGGGAAGUGUAUAUAGUGCCCAUCCCCUGGCCUCGCCGGGCCUUUCAGCUUUCGGAAAGCAUCCUCUUGCAUCCCCUGGCGUGCCUUUGACCCCUGGCUUUGAGAGCCUGCAGUCUCCCACAAUGACUGGGUUUUCCGGCCCUCCUCCCAGCAGUGGUAUGGACUUGUACAAGACUGCUCCCACUAACGGUGUCUACUUUGGUCCUUAUCUGCGAUACACCAACAUGGACCUCGAACGUGGUCUUUGGUUGGGAUCUAUUCUGCUCGUGACGGAUGCCGCACAACCGCCUACAAUUCACAUGCAUCAAAGUGUGGACUUAUCUCCAAACCCACAACAGCUGAAAGCAGUUAACAUUGCGGCUCACCAGCGCUGGACAUUUUACAAAUAUGAAAUUAGCCUGCAGAUGGACGAUGGAGGUCCGGCGAAAUGGACAUAUGCAAUUACUUCACACCUUGGCUGCACCCGUUACGAGUUUCUCGUCGCUGGUCGACAUGAGACUAAUUGGAGGUUCAUUGCGACCUCUGGAAAUGACUUUUCGCUCAAUGUCAAUGCCAAUGAGCGCGCUCGUCUCGGUGGUGCGGGCUACAUGUGGAAGGAUAUCAUGCAGAAGCAUAACGAGAUUGGAGGAUUUCACACCCAACUGUGUCUUGGUGGCCAGAUCUAUGCAGAUCGCAUGUGGAAAGAGAUCCCGUCUCUCAAGCAAUGGCUGACUAUCAGUGGAAAGGAGGCUCGGAAGAACGCUCCUUGGACCGCUGCUAACCAGCAGGAUGUCUCCCAUGCAUACUUCCAUUACUAUACCAGCCACUUCGACCAACCCUAUCUCAGGGAGUCUUUUGCGCAGAUUCCUUACAUCUGCCAGAUCGAUGAUCACGAUAUCUUCGAUGGCUUUGGCUCGUAUCCUGAACAUAUGCAGUUCUCUAACAUGUUCAAGAACAUCGGCCGCAUCGGUAUCGAGAUGUAUCUUCUCUUCCAGCACCACACAACUCUCGAUAUCCUCCGCAAUGUCAACAACGACAUGGACCUGUUCACUAUCACCGGAACAGGCUGGCACUUUGUUAAGUAUCUCGGUCCUGGUGUUGUUGUCGUCGGUCCCGAUUGCCGCUCCGAACGAAAUCCCCAUCAGGUCAUGGCUGGCCCCACGUACCAGGGUCUCUUCCCGAAGAUCGCAAUGCUUCCGCCUAGUGUGCAGCACUGUCUUUGGAUGGUCGCUGUGCCGCUUAUCUAUCCACGACUGGAAACCGCAGAACAUAUUGCCCAGACUGUCGCUACGGGAAAGCGCGCCGUAACUGGUGCUUACAAUGUUCUGGGUAAGGUGACCAGUUCUGUGGCCGGUGUCGUGGGUGCCAAGGACUUUGUUGGAUCCGGCUUUGACUCGGUAAAGCGAGCUGUGGGCAAAUCGGGACUUAUGGGUGGUAUCCUGAGUCCUUUCGGAGAGUUCAACUCUAUGGAUGAGCUACGAGAUCAGUGGACGCAUGAGUCGAAGGAUCUCGAGCGCACAUACCUGAUCCGCACCCUCCAAGGGAUAGCUCACCAAAAGUCUCUCCGUAUGACGUUCCUCUCGGGCGCAGUCAACGUCUGCGGUGCUGGUCUCGUCCACGAUCCUUCCAACCCCUCGGAUCACAAGACAAUGUAUCAGCUCAUCGCCUCCCCCGUUGUCAACACCCCUCCUCCAUCCUACAUAAUCAAGCUCCUGCACAGUCACAGCAAGCCCCUGUACGUCCCUGCCAACGGACAUCGGUCAUCCGCCCAACCUAGCGAUACCAAGGAAGAUAUGAUGGAGAUCUUCCAGACAGACGUCAACGGUCAAGCCCGCGAGCACCGCAAGCUCAUGGGCCGCCGGAACUAUGUUGCUAUUGUUGCAUAUGAUCCCGAGACAGUCAGCUCGCCUUAUGGUGGAUCACCUCAGGGCUCGAACAGUAAGCUAAGUCUAGCGGCGGACUUCAUGGUCCAGGGUGAGGGGGCACUCGGGAACGUGGUUAAGUUUGGACCUGUUAUUGUGCCAAGUUUGGAACAUGGCAGGUGA